AUGGUGUCAAAUAUUGCUGUAGGCAGCUUGCCUUACGACAUGGGCAAAGCAGCGCUGGAUCAAUUCACCAAGGUGGUCGCUCUAGAAUUGGCACCUCACGGAGUAAGGGUUAACACUGUCAGUCCGGGACUAACAGUAUCGAAUGCCACGAAAACAUUGAUGAAAAUUAGCGAAGAAGAAUAUCAGACUUGGCUAAAUGAUACUGUUACAGUAGUACCAAUGGGAGAGGCGUGUUUAGGCCUGGACAUAGCGAGGAUGAUCGUGCACCUGGCCAGCGAUAACAGCAGACUAGUCACGGGGGCCAUUGUGCAAGUGGAUGGGGGGUUACAGUUUGGGAGUAUAGGAAAUCUCAUGAUUGAGCAGAUGAAAGCUCUUUCAAUGACCAAAUGA